AAUCCAAUCAAUCCAAUCUUUCCCAUCUCUGUUUUUGGCUUUUCAUCUCUUUGCCUAUCGCCGCUCACUUAUCCUCCUCUCUUCUCUCUUCUCUCUUCUCUCUCCUCUCUUCCCUCUUCUUCCUCUCCUCUCCUCUCUCCUCUUAUCUCCUUCGUUUCUUUCUACCUCUUACCUCUCUCUACCUUCACCUUCACCUUCACUCCCUUCACCUUCAGCUCUCUCCUUGGAGCCUCGUCCUCCUCAAACAUUACGACCUUUUUGGAAAUUUAACUUUUGCUUGUUCGCAGGCCUCACAUUCCUUUUAAAAACAUAAUACAACUUCACCAAGAAUACCCAUAUUCACUCAUUGUUUACCCCCAUGAUCCCAUUCAUUCAUUCAUUCAUUCAUUCAAACAUUCAAUCAUUCAAUCAUUCUUCCAAUCAUAGUCACUCUCUCGAAGAAAAGUAACAUCACAUCAGAUCAACAAAUAAUUACCUCCAUUGAUUCCCCUCCUCAUUCAAUCAUUCUCCAAUCUUCAUCACUUACUACUUUUUGAUAUUGACCGUUUCAAUUGUUUUAUAUGGACUCUCAUAUAUCAAAAGAGGUGUAAAAAGAUAAUUCAUCAAUCCAUCUCGAAUUUCCAAUUCCCAUCUUGGCCUUCAUCUCCCAUUUCCUUCCAAACAAUCCAUCAACCUUCUAUCUACCUACAACUUACCGCAUUUAAAUCGCAACUUCCUCCCACGAACAAGAACAAGAUCUUCGACGACGACGACACCCAUUCAAAACAAACUUUGUUUAUAAUUUCUUAAUUAAUCACACAUUUAUACCACUCCUGCAGCAAACUCAGUCAAUUCAGCAGCGGGAUUGCCUAUGCCAAUAUGGAGGACCAUCAAAGAUUAGCAAAUAUUGUUAGAUUGGCACGUCGUGUACCAUUAGCAGAGGCGGCUGCAGAAGAUAUUGAUAACAUCGCAUCGAUAUUGAAAAUGGCGGUACCAGAUCGAGUCAUCAUGGGUAGAAGUUCUACGACAACAUCUUCUACAUCGUCAAGUACUUGUGCUGCAGACAAUAAUGCCCCUGAUUGUGAAAAGCCAGUCGGCCCCUCGUCCUACACUUUGCCCGUCAUUUUGUGUAUCGUGUAAGUUCACUUUAUCUACCAUACUGGUGGGUAUCGGUUCGAUUCUAAUCAUUAAUCUUGAUAGUAUUCCCGUCGCUGGCGCCAUCAUUCUAUUUACAUAUCUACAACGAAGAUAUAUGAAGAAGGCCAAGGAAGAAGAUGCAAACGAUCCAACUAAAAACAUGGACUUUGGUAUGGGUAGAAUUUCGAGAACGGCUGGUGGGGAAUCAAGCAUCUCAAACUUCGAUGAUGAAAAAGGAGGUCCUGCAAGAACGCGACAAAUGUCCUUGGAUUUAGGAGGUAAAAGCCCAUACUUACUACCACCGGAACUACAGGAUUCUAGGGAAAGCCUUCACUCACUCUCCAAAACCAUCCAUCAAAACGAAGAUCCUUAUCGACCGGUACAUGAAGUUGUCGGAGCUGCCUCUGUCCGCUCCAAACAAGGUCGAAAUGGAUCUUCCAUCCUGUCUGCGUCAACCGUUGCUCCUUCUGGAAUAAAUGACACUGGCUCAACAGAUGGGCAAGGACUCCUAUCGAAUGCUGCUGCAAUGUCACGAACAACUCCACCUACCGCUGGCUCUAAUCCACCCCCAAGGUCAAACUCUAUUCCACCUGCAAAGAUACCAGAGGGACCAAGACAAGCUACAUCUCCAGGACAAAAUGUUGACAAGAAAGGUCCACCAGGUAAUUUCCGCCCCCAAAAUGGUUUUUCUUCUACCAGGUCCAUUCCAAUGCCUUUUCUGGACCGGGAAUCUUAUGCUGGAAAUCAAGAUGUUGCGAUCAGAGAUAGUAACAAUUACCUAGGCUCCUUAAUCGUUUCUGGUCCAUCUGCUGCUGCUCCAACUGGUCCCCUGGAACCAAAGCCAACAACGACUCGCAAGGCACCUCCUCCGGCAAUUAACACUUUACCACCUAUGGAUCCAAAACCAGAGCAACCAAGACCACGACAGUCGGAAAUCAGUGAUUAUGGUGAUGGAAUUGAGGUUACACCACCAUCCCCCGUCCGUAUAAAGAUCAAUAACAAGGCAAACCGAUACUCUAUGGAUGUUCCACCCGAAGAAUUUGCUCAAGCUGGUUUGGGAGCUCCUGGAUUUGAUCCCAAAAGACUUUCCAUGGGUUUCCGACCUCUGCCUCCUGAUGCUCCAGCUGAUGCUGCCGAAGAUCCUGAAACUCGUGCCAACAGAAUUCGAUCAUUCUACAAGGAAUACUUUGAUGACUCUAAACCAGCACCACAAGGCCAAUACAUUGAAGAUUACAACGCGCACUAUCCUGGUCCAGGUGAUUCUACUUACUUUGAUCCCGCUACCAACAGCUUCGUCUUACCAUACGCUGAACCCAUUGCCCGCCGUGCUAUGACACCACCUCCACGUGCAACAAGAUUCCAAGGAGCGCCACCACGUUCAAUGCAUGGUUCAAUGGGCGGUGCUUCAAUACGUGGACCUCCUAGAAUGCCAUUCAAUGAAGGACCAAGAGCAUCUUCAUCCGCGUCUCAACGUGGCCCUAUGCCAUCUCCAAAAAAGAACUUACCCCCUCCUGAAGCACUUACCUCUUUACCUACUCCAUCCAAGCUCAAGGAUGAUUCAUUUGCUUUACUUAACACGCUCGACUUCGCUCCUGAAUUAACUACUCGUGAUCGUGUUGCUGGUCGAUCCGCAAGUCCUUUCGGUGAAAGAAGACCAUAUUCACCAGCAGUUCCAGCAUUUGCACCCAUCGUCGGAGCAUUUGAUGAACUUGCUGCAAUGCCAAGCCCGUAAGUUCUUUUUUAGUUUGAAUACGAAGAUUGAUAACUAAUUUUUGGUAUAGUCACAUGUUCAGAAAGUCUGGUACAUUCACAUCCCUUGAUUUCGCUCCACCAAGAAGAUUCAGGGAUCCAGAAAAUAUGAGUGAUGCUGGUAGCAUUCGAAGUAACAACAGUGGAAUCUCAUCAGUUCAAGCAAAUGCUAUCCGUAAUGGAGCAUAUCGUAUCAGUAAAAUUCCUACAGAUAUCGUCUUUACAAAGGAUGAUAUGGCUGCGACAUUGAAACCUGAAUGGGGUAUGCGUCAAGGCAUGUGAUCGCACAAGACUUUUGAAAAUAAUGUCUCUUUACUUUGUUCAUUCUGAAUGCAUUUGAGCGCGCAUUUUUGAGGAUUUUACAACAAUCAAUGGGUUACCCUAUCAACUGUUCAUACUUUAUCAUUUCCUUCUGGUUCGAUAUUUGCAUCAUGAUGCUUCACCAUACGCAAUUUCCAAACGAUGGACGUAGUUAUUUGUUUUGUCAAGAGGUAGUAAAGGGAAGAGGUGAUUGAUGGAUGGAUCAAUUGAAAGUUGAUUUGUUGAAUUGGUGCUGACAGAUUAAUGUCUUUUUCUUGUAAUAGAUGGGGAAAUAUGGAUUGGAGCCUUUGGAGUUCUUGGACUUCAAUUUCGAGAACUUCAUAAAUACUAGGGAUUUUUUGAGGGUUGCGAUUACUGUUACUCUGCAUAUAGAUAUUACAUUGUAUGGCAACUUUAGACUGUGGGGUGUGGUUGAUUGACUAGGGAUGGGCGAUUGGAGUAUGGGUGUACGAAAGAAGGAUUGUGGGUGCUGGGAUUGGAUAGAAGAAAAUGGUUGCGAGAGGGAUAUAUUUGAGAUGGGUGAUGAAAAUUGAAAGGAGAGGAAGAUAGAAUAUGUUUGGAGGAUGGAGUAGGGACGGGAUUUCAAGGUGGUCAAUCAAUCAGUCAGUCUUUCUUGUAUAAAUCCAAAAAUCAUAAACUCAAAAUUUAUAUAUCAAUUGCAAUUCAUGUAUUCAUG